CCGUAUACGAAUCAUUCGUCGUCGCAAAGAGGAACUGAGAACUGGAACGGGAGUGUUGAAUCAACCGGAGUGGGGGGAAUACAUGGAAGCGAUAGACUCUAAUUCAAGCACAAAACCGUCAUCGCUCAGAUGGAAAAUCCUUCGCCGUGCUCUUCUUCGUCGCCCGGCAUCCAAUCUAGAUAACCAAUCGGAAACGGGCUCUGGUGUUGAGCAAAUAUCGAGAAAGGCGACUCGGGGUUUCAAUUUGAUACCGUGCAGUUUUCUGGAAAAUCGUUCGGAAGAAAAUUCAGAUUCUCUGUCAAUAAAAGAUGCAGUGAGCAGCUCAAGAGAUGCUCCUUUCUGUUACACAUUGCCUCUUCCCAAUUCUCCCCAGCUUGUUCUGCACCAGAGAGUGAAUGAUCUUGUGGAUCUCAACGACUUUGAGGUCUGUAACAGGUUUAAUAUUGACAACACUGGGCUUGUUUGUCAAUGGCCGUCUGAGGAUGUCCUUGCCUACUACUGCUUGUCACAUGCAGACAUGUUCAGGCAUAAAAGAGUGAUUGAACUUGGAUCGGGAUAUGGCUUAGCUGGCUUAGUUGUUGCAAUAGCCACAGAAGCACUAGAAGUUGUGAUCACUGAUGGAAAUCCUCAAGUUGUUGAUUAUAUACAGCGUAAUAUAAUUACCAAUUCAAGUGUGUUUGGUGGUACAGAGGUUAAGUCAAUGGUUCUGCAUUGGGGUCAGGAAAAUGUCUCAGAUAUCUCUAAUACCUUUGAUGUCAUUAUUGCAAGUGACUGCACAUUCUUUAAGGAAUUCCAUGAAGGUCUUGCUGAAACUAUGAAAUUCUUGUUAAAGAAAGAGGGUCCCUCUGAAGCACUACUUUUUAGCCCUAAAAGAGGUGAUUCAUUGGAAAAGUUCCUUGCAAAGGUUGAAGGCAGUGGACUGAAUUUCAGCAUAGAUAACAAGUAUGACACAGAAAUUUGGGGGCGUCAUCAGAGAUUCCUUUAUGGUGAUGAUUCUUGGCCCAAUUAUGAGAUGGAUCACUGCUAUCCUUUGUUGGUCAAAAUAACGUGGUAAAAAUUCAACACAUGGAGGGGAGGAAUCAACUUCAACAUGAAGAAGUUGAGGGAUUUGAUCCACAAAUCAUUUAUAAUUCAAAAGAUGCCGGUGGAAGAUCAGAGAAGGUAAACUUCUGAACUUCGGGUCUUGAUUUGAAUUUGCUGUUCUCUUGUGGAGUAGAAAAAGGUGUAGUGGUCCAGAAUGUAGCUUUUGUAAUUCCAGAAUAUGUUGAAAGGCUGAAAGUUACAUUUCAGGAUGCAGCAGCCCUUUUAUCUUACGUUACUCUUUCUGAGCACAAGUUGGUUAAGAAUCUAGAGGUCCUAUAUUGCCCUAUAUCUAUAGUCUGAUCUUUCAACUCAUAUCAACUCAUUUAUGCAAUUAAGUUUUAGGCGUUUUCAACUUUA